UUUGAUAAAAAAGCUUUAAAAUAAAUUAAUCAUCUAAACUACAGCAAUAUUUUUUACAUUAAAGUCAUAAGCUUUUAAUGUGCCGAAAUGGUUUCGUAUUUUACAAACGAUGUGAGCUCCGAAGUAACGAAUUUUCAAAAGGAAAUAUCGAAUAUGAUGCACGGUUUCGGUGAUAAUCCCAAUCCAAAUGCAGCAACAGUCGUGCUUAUCGAGAGCAUAGUUCUACAACAGCUUAGAAACAUGCUGCAGGAUGCUUUAAACAUCUCCAUGACGAGAGGCGCAAAGGCCAUUUCCAAUUACGACAUAAUUUAUCUAAUGAAGAAAAAUAUAAUAAAACUCAAACGAUUGUACGACUACCAGCAGAAGCUCGAUAGAAUCGACAAAAGCCGUCAAGCUUCUUGUGAAGGCAUCGCAGGUAUCCUGGAAGAUAACAAGGAACAAUUCAAAAACCGACGCACACACAUUGAGGUGAUUAAAGAAUUCGACGAGUUUGAUGAAGUCAGCCAAAUCAAGUUUGACUCCAUUGACUAUUUGAGGAAAGUACGAGCUGCAAAAAUAACUGAAACGAUGCCCUUCGAAAAGUAUGAAGCGUACCACAAGGCUAGAUGUAGUUCUUUCAGAACGGGACACAUGAAUUCCAAAGGAUUUGUCAAGUUUGAGAAAUGGAUAAAUCCCAAUAAAGAGUUAAAAAUAACAACUCAAGCACAGGAAGUUUUAUGCUUUUUAGCUUAUGAGACAGUCGCUGAGAUUGUGGAUGCGGUAUUUUUAAUAAGACAGGAUUGUAAGAAGAAAAGCGGAGAUCCAUUUAGUAAAUUUGAAGGUGGUUUCUUCUGUAACACUUCCAGUUUAAGUAAUGCGGUGUAUAUAAAGUCUGGAUAUGAAGGAGUACCAGCUAUUACCGUAGCAGAAGUGAGAGAGGUCCUAAGAAGAUAUUUUGCCCCUGGCUAUGGAAUGAAUGGAUUAUUUUAUAGAAGUGUCGGAGCUAGUAUUCUGGCUAGAUACAUAGCAAUUUAAGAAUAAAUAGUUAUUGUAUUCAAA